ACAAUUUCAAAAUGGCGGAAUCAGAGGAAACCGAAGAAGUAGUAGAUCAUUAUGCAGUUUUAAACGUCCGUAGAGAGGCCAAUGAAAGUGAAAUCAAAGCAGCUUACAGGCGCAUGUGUGUGUUAUAUCAUCCGGAUAAGCAUACUGAUCCCGCCAAGAAAAAAAUUGCUGAAGAAUUAUUCAGUAAAGUUCAAAAGGCUCAUGAUGUCCUCAGUAAUCCAGAGAAAAGAGGAAUUUAUGAUAUUUAUGGCCAAAAAGGACUUGAUGCUGGCUGGGAGAUUAUUGAGAGGCAAAGGUCUCCAGCUGAAUUGCGUGAAGAAUAUGAGAGACUACAAAGAGAGAAGGAGGAGCAGCGUUUACGGCAGAUCACAAAUCCAACAGGAAGUAUUUCUGUUGGAGUGGAUGCUACAGACUUGUUCGAUAAUUACAACUUAAUUGAUUCUUUCAAUGAAAGGGUUUUGCCAAACAUUGAAGUUAGUUCCAUGUCAAUCUCACAGUCAAUAGAGGCACCUCUGACUCGCACUGAUACACUCACUCUAGCUGGUAAUUUAAAGAUCAAGAAUGGAAAUGGGGAUGGUAGUGUCUCAGUGUCAACGAGGAGGUUAUUUUCACACAGUAAAUGGGCUGAGGCCACCUUUGAGGCUGGAAAUGGCCCAAAUCUUACCCUUCGGGGAUUUGCAAACCUUACGCAGAGAAGUCAUAUAAUUGGAGGAAUUUCCAUCAGAGGUCAUGGCAGUGCAGUGUCUGGUGGAUUUCAUUGCAUGAUAGUACGGCAACUAGACAAAAACACAGUUGGCUACAUAACAUAUAGAGAAGGUCUUCAAUCUUCACUGAAUACAACCGUCAUAACAGAAUCUGAGGACACCAAAGCACAGGUUACAAUUCAGUUUGGUAUUCCACAUUCGUUUGCAAUGGUGGCGUUUGUAAGAAAAAUAGAAAAGAACACAAAACUCAAAGGCUCCGUUAAAACUGGGACGUUCGGUAGCGUCCUUCAGUAUGGAUGCGAGAGGAAAAUUUCUGAACAUAGUACAUUAACAGCUACGAUGAGCAUUGGAAUACCAACCGGUGUGGUGGUCAAAAUAAAAUUGACGCGUGCAUCUCAAGUGUACAACUUUCCAAUAAACUUGUCGGAAGAGAUCCAACCAGCCGCUAUAUUUUAUGGCACGGUCGUUCCAGUUGCUGUGUUCUGGGUCGUGAAGAUGCUGAUUGUCAACCCAUUUGUGAAGAUGGAAAAGGAAAUGGAGACAGAAGCUAAUAAAACGAAACAUGCAAGGCAAAUGGCGGAAAAGAAGCGAGAGGCAGAGAGUAGUAUACAACUGAUGCAAGAGACUUGCGAGAGAAUAAUUGAAUAUGAAUCAUCCCGGCACGGCUUAAUAAUAGUAAAUGCGUGGUAUGGACACUUGGUGUCCAUGGACGAAAGUACACAGGGCGUUAAUCGAGGCCCCAGUAAAGUAAUCGACGUUACCGUGCCUGUGCAAUGUCAAGUGAAGGACUCGCGGCUAUUUCUCACAGAGUCAUCAAAGUGUAAUCUCAGCGGAUUUUACGAUCCUUGCCCCGAGGAAGAAAAGUUGUUGAAAAUAAGAUAUCUCUUCAGAGACGCAGUACACGAGGUUACAUACGGAGAUGAAGAGCCUGUUCGGAUACCAAAACAAUCUCACCAGAUUCAUUUGAGUUGACUGUGACAAUUUGAAAUGAAUCAUAUAUUAUUUAAGCUGUCCAUAUUUUUGGUGUUUCAUGGUGGUCGCAAAAACGGAGUCAAGGAGUAUGUUUCAUGGCACAUCCUACUAGAUGAGGUGCUUGAGGAUUAGAAUACCGAAACUUUUGCCACACUUGUGGUACAAGGGACACGACAUUUCGGACGCGAAGCCAAAUAUGAAAGAAAUGACAACACAGCCAUCUAUUUUGACUUGUAAGGUCUACAGAGGUACACAGAAAUUCAAGUUCUUUCGUGGAGACCUUUUUACGUAUCUUGGAGAUUGGUGAAUCAAGAUAAGAAGCGGGGAAUUGUAACAUAUUCACUUUUAAACUUGAUUGAAUUAAAAUCAAC